AUGACGGAUCCAUCGCAAAGCAUGGAGCUGAACACCCCGCUCAACCUCACGCCCGAGGAGAAGCGCGUGUUCGGCGAGCUCUUUCGCCAGGCCGACACCGAGCAGAUGGGUGUCGUGACCGGCGAGGUUGCUGUAAAGUUCUUCGAGCGCACGAAGCUGCCGCCGCAAGUUCUGGGAGAGAUAUGGCAAAUUGCGGACACAGAAAACCGGGGCCUGUUGACCUCGUCUGGCUUCUGUCAAGUGCUCCGUCUCAUCGGUCACUUCCAGGCCGGCAAGGCCCCUACUCCUGAGCUGGCUUUCCAACCCGGCCCAUUGCCCAAGUUCGACAACUCGCCUCCUUCCGGUCCCGCUGCCCCCGGUCCCAUCCAGCCCCAGAUGAGCGGUCCCAUCCGCGUGCCGCCGUUGGCACCCGAGCGCGCCGCACAGUACGCUGCACUCUUUGAGAAGUCGGGCGCAGUGAACGGAGUUCUUCCAGGGGAAACGGCCAAGAACAUCUUCGAGAAGGCGAGGUUACCAAACGAGACCCUUGGUCGCGUCUGGGCGCUUGCGGAUACAGAGCAGCGUGGUGCUCUGGGAGUUACGGAGUUCAUCAUUGCUAUGCAUUUAAUACAGUCCCUGAGCAGCGGCGCUAUGAAGGGCCUUCCUUCCUCGCUUCCUGCAGGCCCCAUCCCCCGCCAGUUCAGCGGCCAGAAUACCGGCCGUGGACAGAGCCCUAUGAGCGGAAGGCCGCCAUUUGCGACCCCUCCGCACAAAGUGGAUACUCAGGGCCGUGGUUUCAUUACUGGCGAGCAAGCUGUUGUCUUCUUUAGCGAUUCUGGACUGCCUGAGGAGCGGCCCAAGCCCGGUGUCCAAUUUCUGCCACCUUCUCUGCCGCCUGCCCUGAUUCCUCCUAGCAUGCGGAGCAGUGCCGCCAGACCUCCGGCCCAAUCUCAGCCUCCUGCUACUUUCGGCACCACCGCUUCCUUUCCUGCUCCCGCUGCCCCUGCUGUUCCCGCCCCUAAAUCGGCCUCGGAGGACCUGUUUGGCCUCGAUGCCUUCACCGCUUCCCCGCCUGUGCAGCCGCAGUCUACUGGCGGCUCUGGUGCAAACUUUCCCGCUAACAAGGAUCCAUUUGGCAAUGGAGCGGCUUCUCCCGCAUCCCCAUCGCGCGGUACCUUCCAGCCAACUCCGCAGAACCCCACAAGCAUAUUCAAGCCGUUCAUGCCCUCUUCUUCCUUUGGCCAGACCCUGACUGCUCAGGGAACCGGUGGCUCUGGUUCACAGCCUCGCAGCCCAGCACCGCCGCAGCCCUCAGCGAUGGAUGACCUCCUUGGCGACAAUGAUCAGGAGCAGAGUAAGAAGCUUACGGACGAGAGCGCUGAGCUCGGGAACAUAAAGGCCUCAACCGAAGCGGAGCUCAACACCACGAGCGCCCAGAAGCGUGACCUGGAAAUGCGCCUCUCCCAAUUCAGGGCGCAGUAUGAGGCUGAAGUCCAGAUUGUCAAGCAGCUGGAGGAGAGGCUGAAUGCGUCUCGCCAGGAGACAAGGAAGCUUCAGCAAGAGAUGGCGAUGCUUGAAGGGUCCUACCAGGAUCUCUCGAGCCAGCACCAGCAAGUUGCCAGUGCUCUCGAAGCCGAUCAGCGCGAGAACGCAAAUUUGAAGGAACGCAUCCGCCAGACCAACGCUGAAGUCGCGCAGCUCCGACCCCAACUUGACAAGAUGCGCUCAGAAGCGCGUCAGCAGAAGGGCAUGGUUGCCAUCAACAAGAAGCAGCUUGCCACGAACGAGGGCGAGCGUGAAAAACUCAAAAAUGAAAUGAGUGAACUAACAAAGGCUGCUCAGGAAAGCUACAACCGCAGUCCGGAAGCAACUCCCGGGCCCACGGUCGCUGCAAGCCCUGCGCCCUCGAAUGCUAGCCAUAGCACUAACCCUUUCUUCAGAAGGUCACCUCAGCCCGCUGAAAACACCAUGUCCCCUUCCGGGUUCUCCCGAGAGGCUAGCCAGGCCAACUUUGAUAACUUCUUUGGCCCGUCAAUCUCCUCUGGCGUUCCUACGCCGUCCACUUCACCCCCUCUUUCGCAAUACCAUGAGUCGCCACGUGUUGGCGAGCCCCCCGCGCCCCCGGAGUCCCGCCAAUUCUCCUCUAGCAUCCUGCCCAUUCGUGAAGGGGCGGCCCGCCAGGGCUCUUUCAGCUCCUCGGUCAAGGCGGCUCCGCCGACCAGCAGGUUCGGUGCCCCUGGCAACGAGACUCCGACGAACGCCCCUGGCUCUCCGUCGGCAUCUGCUGCUGAGCCCGCGAAGGACACAUCCGCACCGGAGUUUGGCCCGUCGCCCUUCAACCGCAACCUCACUUCUUCGCCUGCCGCCAGUCACGUUAGUGAUGCUGCGCGGUCCGCAAGUGGUGUGGAGCGUAAGGACACCUUCCAAUCCUUUGGCCCUCCGUCAACUUCUGUUGAUAUGCCCGGUUCUUUCCCCGAAGUGAGCACGCCUCUGAAGCCUGAAACUACCGGCCAAAGUGCCAUGAGUGACCGCAGCAAGGGCAGCUUCAGCUUCCCGAGGUCUGAUCCCUUCGGCUCUCAGCCCCAGCGCCAGGGAUCUGCCGCCAAAGCUGACUUUGAUGCCGCCUUUGCCGGAUUCGGUGCUGGAAAACAAUUCCAGGAAAGACAGAACACCGGGUCAUCUCUCAAUGGCUCCGUUGGAUCGGCAUCUAAGUUUAACCAAGAGUUCCCUCCGAUCGAGAAUCUGGGUGGUGAUGACGAGAGCGACAGCAACAGCGAACAUGGCUUCGAUGAUAACUUUGCCCCUUCUUCGCCCCAGGCUAAGCGCGAUGAUGCAGCCCCAGCCCCCACUACAAGCGGUCCCGAAGGUACGGGAGACUCAGGUAAUCCUUUCUCCCGCGAUAAUAGCAACCUUCCCACUCCUAACGCCCAAAAACCACCCCCUACCUACGAGCAGACCACCGGCAACCGUAGCGGUGCCAGGGGAUCUGACUCCUUCCCGCCAGAGUUCGGCGGACUGCUGCCUUCUCGUCAGGAUCCCACGGCCCAGUCCGGAUCACAAUCCCCAGAGAAGACCUUCAGUUCGCCCGUGCUCACCCCUGGUCAAACCCUCUUUGGAGGGUCCAGCGCUGCUGGAAAGGCUCCGGCCACCGGCCCCUUUUCUCCUGGAUCGACCUCGAAUGCUAACACACCAUCGUCAACAGUGCCUUCAGAUGCUUACCACUCUGCGCAAUCCUACCCAUCUACGGACAAGGCUUCGCCCGCGAACCAGGCGCCCGGCAGUCAAUCCUUCGGAGAUGAUUUCGAUGCUGGAUUUGACGAUCUCGCGGAAGCCAAGGAUGCCACCAACGCCCACGACGACGAUGACCUCUUCGGCUCGAGCCACCGUGACGGUCUGGAUGAGUUUAACCCGGUUUUCGACAGCCCGGCUGCCAGCAAGAGCAACACAAUGGCCAGCCAAGCUACUCCGACUAACAACGCAAGCAAGAACCAUGCUGAAGACUCCUUCUCGGAUUUUGAGCACCUCACCCAGAGCUUCGCUUCUUCCAAGCCUGCGACGCAGAGCGCUGCUGCUUCUGGCCACGAUUGGGAUGCCAUCUUCUCCGGCCUGUCUGAUAGCCAGCCGGCGCCUUCGACUGGUGGCAACACAGCGCCGCAGACGGCGGACAGCAGCCAAAUGCUGGGCGCGCCCUCGGGAUCUGAGCAACCGGCAAGUGGUGACGAGGCCGAGAAGCCCCAUCUUGGCAGGGCACUGAGCGCCGGCACCGAGCAUGAUGACCCGAUUCUGAAGAACCUGACUAGCAUGGGCUACCAGAGGGGUGAUGCUCUAGCUGCGCUAGAGAAGUAUGAUUAUGACAUUAACAAGGCUGUCGAGUAUCUCUCGAGCAAGUAA